AUGGUUGUCGAAAACACUUACAAUACCAACGCCGUCGUUUUGAGCGAAAAGACUUCGUUCACGGGUGCAGUUGUAAAUCUCCGAAAAUUGCUGAAAACGGUUAAGGCCAUCUUCAAGCACACCAAGGCCAGCAACAAUCCGAGCAAUGAGAUCACUGCCACUCACUCUUGCAUGACGGAGGAGGAAUACCAGAAUUGGCUGAACGAGCAAGUGGAGGGCAAGUAA